CUCGCCCCUCACCUAGCCAAGGCGGGUGCCUUGGGGCCAAUGGGAGCGUCGCCGGCCUGGCCAGCCCCGCCCCCGCGCCUCGGGACGUCUGUGCCGGGACAUGGCCGCUACCGGUACCAGGAUCCUGAGCUGAGCGCCGGCUGCCGGAGCCAACCACUGCCGUCCAUCGUCUGCGCGGGCCGGGCCCGGGCGCCGGGACGGCGAGGAGCUGCCGAGGAAGCGGAGGCAGCCGUACGACGCCGCCGCGGCGGACGCAUGGCGUCCAUCUUGCUCAGGAGCUGCCGCGGCCGGGGCCCUGCCCGCCUCGCGCCGCCCCGCGCCGCCUCCCCGCGGGGUAAUCUGAGGGAUCGAGCUUGUCUCAGUUGUACCAGGAGGACCGUGGGGUUGAUAAGCCAUGAGAAAGUUCUGUCUCGCUGUUGUAUUCCAGCCAACCCUAUGUACCUGUGCUUCAAAGGUCAGCCCCUCAGCUGUUGGACUCAGAGGCCUGAGUGCCAGGGCACUGUUGCCAGGGCAACAUGGACACCUGCCUCUGCAAGAUUGGUUGUCACAGGACCUCAGUACCUUCCUGUGCGCAGCUGGCACUCAUCACCUCCCCUAGGAGAGGACUCUGUGAUAGAGAAGUCCCUUAAGUCCUUAAAGGACAAAAAUAAGAAGCUGGAAGAGGGUGGCCCCGUGUACAGCCCUCCAGCUCAGGUGGUAGUGAAGAAGUCCCUUGGGCAGAAGGUACUGGAUGAGCUGAAGCACUACUACCAUGGCUUCCGCCUACUCUGGAUUGACACCAAGAUAGCUGCCCGCAUGCUGUGGCGCAUCCUCAAUGGCCAUACACUGACCCGCCGGGAGCGCAGACAGUUUCUCCGGAUUUGUGCAGACCUCUUCCGCCUAGUGCCCUUCCUGGUGUUCGUGGUGGUGCCCUUCAUGGAAUUCCUGCUGCCUGUAGUUGUGAAGCUCUUCCCCAACAUGCUGCCAUCCACAUUUGAAACCCAGUCCAUCAAGGAGGAAAGGCUGAAGAAAGAGCUUCGGGUAAAGCUGGAGCUAGCCAAGUUUCUCCAGGACACCAUAGAGGAAAUGGCCCUGAAGAACAAGGCAGCCAAGGGGAAUGCCACCAAAGAUUUCUCUGCCUUUUUCCAGAAGAUCCGGGAGACAGGGGAGAGACCCAGCAACGAGGAGAUCAUGCGUUUUUCCAAAUUAUUUGAGGAUGAGCUGACUCUGGACAACCUCACGAGGCCUCAGCUGGUAGCACUGUGCAAGCUGCUAGAACUUCAGUCCAUCGGCACCAACAACUUCCUGCGUUUCCAGCUCACCAUGCGGCUGCGGUCCAUAAAGGCUGAUGACAAACUGAUUUCUGAGGAAGGAGUGAACAGUCUAAAUGUCAAGGAAUUGCAGGCAGCAUGUCGAGCACGAGGCAUGCGAGCACUUGGUGUCACAGAAGACCGUCUGAAGGACCAACUGAAUCAGUGGCUCGACUUGCACCUGCAUCACGAGAUCCCCACAUCAUUGCUCAUACUGUCCCGGGCCAUGUACCUCCCAGACACCCUCUCUCCUGCUGACCAGCUCAAGUCCACCUUGCAGACCCUCCCAGAAAUUGUGGCAAAGGAGGCUCAGGUGAAAGUGGCAGAGGUGGAGGGCGAACAGGUGGACAACAAGGCGAAGCUGGAGGCCACACUGCAGGAAGAGGCUGCCAUCCAGCAAGAACACCUGGAAGAACUACAGAGGGCUGCCAAGGCUGUGAAGCACAUCCCGCCAGAAGUAGUGGAAGCCACCGUUCCUGGGAGGCCAGGGGCUGAGCCUCAGCCAAAGGUGCCUGAUGUGAUCCUGUCCUCAGAGGAACUGAAGGAUACCGCACCCGUGCUGGAGGGUUUGAAGGGUGAAGAGAUAACCAAGGAAGAAAUUGACAUCCUCAGUGAUGCCUGCUCUAAGCUACAGGAACAGAAGAAGUCCUUGACCAAGGAGAAGGAGGAGCUGGAGCUGCUGAAAGAGGAUGUCCAGGACUACAGUGAGGACUUACAAGAGAUCAAAAAGGAACUUUCAAAGACGGGUGAUGAGAAAGUCAUAGAAGAAUCCAAAGCUAGCAAGAGGCUGACAAAGCGAGUCCAGCAGAUGAUCGGGCAGAUUGAUGGCCUAAUUGCUCAGCUGGAGACCAGUCAACAGAAUGGCAAGCUAAGUCCCCAGGAGAGCUCUCCGACAGGGGAGAGCGUCGUCAGUGUCAGUGAGCUCAUCAACGCCAUGAAGCAGAUCAAGCACGUUCCAGAACACAAGCUGAUCAGUUUGGCCUCAGCCCUGGAUGAAAAUAAGGAUGGCAAUAUCAACAUCAAUGACCUUGUUAAGGUAAUCGACUUGGUGGACAAAGAAGAUGUUCAGAUCUCUACCACCCAAGUAGCUGAAAUUGUGGCCACAUUAGAGAAGGAGGAAAUGGUGGAAGAGAAGGAGAAGGCGAAGGAAAAGGCUGAGAAAGAGGCCGCAGAAGUAAAGAAUUAGAACUGCCUGGCUUUUGGCUCCACGGGCCCUGCCUUCCUCAUGCUGUACCAGCCACAGUGGGGAAUGACACAAGAGUGAUUGCUUUGAGGUGAUUCUUAGUGGCAAAUCUAAUAUUUUGUCUGGAAUAAAUCAGAAACUUCCAUAAUCAAGCAAUUUUUAAUUUUCAUCAUUCCAUGAAGAUUCAAUCAGGCUGGAGCCUUAGAGCCCUCUGGGUGAUUAUGUUUGGACUCAUGCUAUGGUGCGGUACUAAAUGCCCCUAACCCUUGGGUUAAGGGUACAGCCACCAGUAGGAUCAUAGCCUCACACUGACCCUAGCUCAAAAGUAGCUUGCGUCAGGCUGGGUAGGAAAGCAUUUCCCUGUUUAUGUCCUUACUUGCUCAGGGUCUGGCCAAGCCUCUGUCCCUUGAGAGGAGCAUGAGAAUCAGGUGGACUCCCAGCACCCAUGUGGAGCCAAAUGUAUGUGCCUGCAUUUCCUCAGAGGCCUUGGGAUAGGAGUUAGACAAACAAAUGCAGGCCUCUGCGAUGAGGGCACUGGAGUCAGUCUGAGGACUUGGGAUUUCUAAAUGCCAGUGUACAUAGAUCUGUAUGCUCAUACCUCCACAGUUGUGUCUUAACUACUGGUCCCUAACUGCAGUGUCUGUCUUGUAUGGAUUCUGAAGCAUGUUGACUGGAGCGUUCUCAAUUUACCAUUGAUCUCCACCUAAUUCUUUCACUGACUAGUAAAUUUUCACACAUGACCAUCUGCCUAAUUCAUGAGUAAUCCCUUAAUUAGUGGGUAAGCCUUUGAAAAGGAAAUCUUUUCUCUUGCGCAGUCCACACUGCUGAGUAGGCCUGGGAGAUAGAGCCGACACCUGCAACCUGAAUACCUGAGGCUUUGUGGGGCUUUUAACAUAAAAUUUAAGUCCUAUCACAGGACAGUGGCCAAGAUGGGGCUUCACAAGGGAGUCUCAUCAUGUUGCAGACUCAGGCUUCUUUAGCACAAAUGCUCAUGACUGUGUUCCUGCCACCAAGCAAGGAGGAAUAGUCUGGUGCCACAGAGCUUUCAGCAUGGUGUUCCCUGCCUGCCGGCAGCUCACAGGCACCACUCUGAGUGGAGCCUGCACUAGCUCAGAGUCCGGAGCUUCUUUGCCGAGUAGCCAGCAACCUUUCAUACUUGGAGAAGGCUCCUUGGGGCAGGCCAGGGCUGGGUGUCCUGUGGCCUCACCACCACCCUCCCACUAUAAACCCCAUCCUAGGAGCACAGAGAAAGCAAGAUCUUGAGUUCAGCUUGGGCUAUUACGUCCGGGGGGGG